GGAACAGAAGCGGUAACAAUGGCUGCACGCCCGAGGGUGCCCGAAGAUGAUGAUCAGCCCAAUAAACGGACAAAGACAUCUAAAGUGUGGAGAUAUUUUAAAGAGAAGGCACACGAAGACUUCGUCGUGUGCCGCAUUUGCAAGAAGGAGUUGGCGUACCAUAGCAGCACCACAACUAUGCAUGAGCACAUGAAGCGGCGACAUCCUGGUGUGCUGCUGGAGGAUGACAGAAAACAAGCUGGACAGUCUGGCAUAUUACAGUUUUUCCCAUCCAAAAAAAAAGAUGUGGAAGAGGAAUGCACACCAGAGAGAGCAUCUGUGCUCACUCAAAGCAUCCUCAACAUGAUAAUCAAGGACAUGAGGCCCAUGGCAAUUGUGGAGGGUGUUGGAUUCAGGGAGAUGAUAAACACCUUUCACCCAGGUUACCUGUUGCCUUCCAGACGCCACUUCACAGAUUUGAUGGAGGAAAAGUAUAAGGCUACUCUCGACAAAGUCAAAGCUGAAAUAAAAAAUGCAAACUCAAAAAUAACACUCACCACUGAUUGCUGGACAAGUGUCGCCACCGAGGCGUACUUGGGUAUAACUUGCCAUUUUCUGAAUGAAAAAUUUGAGUUGACCUCAUACGUCCUGACCACCAUGCCACUGGAGGAGCGCCAUGAGGCUGAAAACAUUGCUAAGUGGUUAGAGGAAUCAGUAGAGAAGAUGGGCAUCUCAUUCAAGGAGGACAUCCUGGCCAUUGUGCACGACAAUGCUGCCAAUAUUGUUGCUGCUUUGAGGAUCCUGCAUGAUCGGUAUGGAGUUGCCUCACACAGAUGCGCUGGCCACACCUUGCAGUUGGUGAUAGGUCAUGCCUUAAAGAAAGAUCCACAAAUAAAUAGGACACUUGGGGCUGCAAGAUCACUUGUGGAACACUUUAAGAAGAGUGAGCUGGCCAGCACCAAGUUGAAGACCAAACAGAAGUCUAUGGGUGUUGUAGAGAACAAGUUAACCCAGGAUGUAUCCACCCGUUGGAACAGCUCCUAUUAUAUGGUGAGUCGCCUUCUGGAGCAGCGGUGGCCGGUGGCUGCGGUCUUGUCAGACCCAGACCUCACCAAAAGGGGAAAGCACUACCUCGAUUUGAAGACGAGCCAGUGGGCCCUACUGGAAGAACUUCAGCAAGUUCUGAAGCCCUUUGAGGAAGCCACUACCUUCCUAAGUGCAGAGAGUUAUGUGACAGUCUCUACACUGCCUCGACUGGUGAAGGGUCUCCAGAAAUCUACUCAGAACAGAUCCUUUGAGUGUGUUCCAAUAAACGCGUUUCAGACAGAGGCAGAUGAGCAGAUAGCUACCAGGUGGACCAGAGAGACCACAUUCAGUGAGGAUGGUCCAAAUGUGUGUGUCUGUGCUACUGCCCUUGACCCCAGGUACCGCAGGCUUGGUUUCUUAUCACCCGAUGAGAUACAAAAAGUGCAAGCCGAACUUCAGGCUCUUGCACUUGACGCAAGAAGAAGGAAGAAGGAACGGCUUCAAGCAGGUAUGGAGCCGGGUGACUCAGACAGUGACCAACCUGGAGGAAAGCUGCCCAUCCAAGGUAAGAAGUCUCUGCUAGUCUCAUUGAUGGACUCAGACUCAGACGACAGCAACAAUGAUGAUGACCAGGAAGAUGAAGAGGAAAUGUUGAGGAAGGAAGUACAAAUGUACUUUGGUGAACAUAAGAAGGUCAGGAGCCUCAGCCCACUGCAGUGGUGGAGGGAUAAUGAAGGAAAGUUCCCCAACCUGGCUCAGCUGGCCAGAUCAUACCUGGCUGUACCCGCAACAUCAACGCCAUCUGAGCGUCUCUUCUCAGCUGCUGGGAACAUUGUUAGUAAAAAAAGAGCAAGCCUGACACCUGACCACGUAGACAUGCUCACAUUUCUUCAUUUUAAUGCUUAGAAAGAGCAGUUACAUACCCUGUUGGGGAAAAUAAAAGAGCAGUUAUAUACCCUGUUGGGGAAAAAAAAACUCAAGUUCUGUUUGUAAUACAAACUUUGUAUUCAGUUUGCACUCAUGUGAGUCAGUGUUCUUACUAACUAACAUAAUUGAAAUUUGUGUAUAGAGUUAUUUAUUCUUGUCAAUUAUUUGAUUUGCCUUUUAUUUUUAUUUGGGCAUGCCUCCAUUUCUUGAAGAUUAAACUGCAAAACUUUUAAGUUUGAGAAUGAAUAAAUAAACAUUUUUUACUGUUCAUAAAAGCGUGUCAAGCCUGUUUGUAAUACCCGCCAACCCAAAAAACAUUACUUUAAAAAAUAAUCGUGACUAUUCGAAAAAAAUAGUUGAUAGAUUAAUCAGGAGAAAAAUAAUCGUUAGGGACAGCC